AAGAAAAUAUACAUAUCAUUUACAUACAGACAUUUAUUUCUUGAUUGUGUGUGAUUCGUAAAAUUUCUUAAAGAACCACACGAUCAGUUUAGUUUAGUUUUGUUUUUCCUGAAUCAACAUACGAUGGAGAAGUACAGGCCAAUUCAGAAAGUUGGUGAGGGAACCUUUGGAAGCGUAUGGAGUGCUAUAAACAAACAGACGGGAGAAGUUGUUGCUAUAAAGCAGAUGAAGAACAAAAAAUAUCAUUCUUGGGAAGAGUGCAUAAAUUUGACAGAAGUGAAGUCACUACUAAAGAUGAGUAGUCAUCCUAAUAUUGUGAAGCUAAGAGAAGUUAUUAGAGAACAUGAUAUCUUGUAUUUGGUGUUCGAAUAUAUGGAGUGUAAUUUGUAUCAACUUAUCCGAAAAAGAGGAACAAGGCUGUUUUCAGAGGAUGAAGUCAGAAAUUGCUGCUUUCAAGUAUUUCAAGCUCUUGCCUACAUGCACCAGUGUGGGUAUUUUCAUCGCGAUCUUAAACUAGCAAAUCUUCUAGUCUCAAACAAUCUUAUCAAACUAGCCGAUUUCGGAUCUGCAAGAAAAAUUGAUUCAGGGCAACCUUAUACACAAUAUGUCACUACACGCUGGUAUAGGGCUCCUGAAGUUAUACUAAAGUCUCCUACUUAUACUUCUGCUGUCGAUAUGUGGGCAAUGGGUGCAAUAAUGGCUGAACUGUUCACUCUUCGUCCUCUGUUUCCUGGACUAAAUGGAGCAGACCAGAUGUAUAAGAUAUGCAGCGUGAUUGGAUCGCCGACAGAUAACUCUUGGCCCCAUGGUAUAAGGCUUGCUAGGGGCAUGAACUACCAGUUUCCAUACCUUCCUGGCGUGCAUAUGUCAAUUGUCAUGCCCUCAGUAAGUGAUGAUGCAACUAGCCUUAUUAGGUCACUUUGUUCUUGGGACCCUUUCAAGAGGCCAACAGCAGCACAAGUCCUUCAGCAUCCAUUCUUUCAUAAAUGUUACUAUGUCAUCCCACCAUCUCCACAGACUACAGCUGCUGCCUACUGUCAACGGAACACCAACACCAACACCAACAAGAACACCUCUGUCAUUGGGAGCAAGACGAAGUUAUUUAGGAUGUUUGUAAAGAUUUUUUUUAUUUUCUUUUUCUUUAGAAGUUGCUCAAAAGCUACUCAUAUUUGCUCAUAUUAAUUAGAGAUUGCAUUAUUGUAACACUUAAAAAUUCAUCAAUAGAUCACACAUUUUUUAUGACAAGGCCUGCAACUUUAUCCUGUUAAGCAAAUCCUUUAUAUCUUGUUCAUUAUCCUCCACAGAAGUUAGCAUGUUAGCAGAAUUUUCAGGUUGCUGCUUGCCUACUUUCAUCCUUUUCUUCUGAAAUUAACUCUG